AUGGUUUUUACUCUGGGUAUCGACAGCUCUCUGCUGCAUGCCCUUGUCGUGGGCUACGAUGCCACAAUUUGGAAGCCCGAUUCGUGCCAGCAUUGCCGUUGCCAUGGUGAUAUUGUUAUCUGCAAACCUGCUGUUUGCAGAAACCCUCAGUGUGCCUUCGAGAAGGGAGAAGUGCUUCAGAUAGCCGCCAACCAGUGCUGCCCCGAGUGUGUGUCCACGACUCGUGGGUCUUGCCAUCACGAAAAGAAAAUCUAUGCGCAUGGGACAGAGUGGGCCUCCUCCCUGUGUAGUGUGUGCUCCUGCGCUCACGGAGAAGUCCGAUGUAGUCCCCAACCAUGCCCACCGCUGUUGUGUGGACACCAGGAGCUGGAAUUCAUCCCUGAAGGAAGCUGCUGCCCCAUCUGUGUGGGCCCUGGGAAGUCCUGUUCCUACGAAGGCCAUGUGUUUCAGGAUGGGGAGGACUGGCCACUGAGUUCAUGUGCCAAAUGCAUGUGUAGAAAUGGGGUCACCCAGUGCUUCACGGCUCAAUGUCAGCCUCUGUUUUGUAAUAAGGAUGAAACUGUGGUUCGAGUUCCUGGAAAAUGCUGCCCCCAGUGCUCUUCCGGAUCCUGCUCCGCUGCUGGCCAAGUAUACCAGCAUGGUGAACAGUGGAGGGAAAACGCCUGCACCACCUGCCUAUGUGACCAGGGCGAGGUCCGGUGCCACACGCAAGCCUGCCCCCCUCUAAGAUGUGAAAAGGGUCAGAGAAGGGCUCAGCGCCAUGGGGAGUGCUGUGAGGAAUGUGUGUCUCCUGCCGGAAGCUGCUCCCACCACGGGAGUGUGCGGUACCAGGAUGAGAUGUGGCGGGGCUCGGCCUGUGAGUUCUGCGUGUGUGACCGCGGCCGAGUGACCUGCCACGCCGGAGAGUGUGCCAGGGUGGAGUGUGCCCAGGGUGAAGAAUUAAUUCACUUAGAUGGAAAAUGCUGUCCUGAAUGCAUUUCAAGGAGUGGCUAUUGUGUUUAUGAAGAAAAUGCAGAAUUUAUGUCCUCAAAUGCGAGUGAAGUUAAACAUAUUCCAGAGGGAGAGGAGUGGGAGGAUGGCCCUUGCAAGCUGUGUGAGUGCCGCGGGGCUCAGGUAACUUGCUAUGAGCCCUCAUGUCCACCGUGUCCAGUGGCCACACUAGCCCAGGUGGUGAAGGGACAGUGCUGCCCAGAAUGCACGGCAGUUUACUGCCACCCAGACUGCUUGACCUGUUCUCAAUCUCCAGACCACUGUGUCCUCUGCCAGGACCCCACGAAGCUGCUGCGGAAUGGACAGUGUGUGCACAGCUGCGGCCCGGGAUUUUACCAAGCUGGGGCCCUCUGUUUAGCCUGCCAGCCUCAGUGCUCCACGUGUUCCAGUGGCCUGGAGUGCUCCUCCUGCCAGCCGCCCCUGCUGAUGCGGCACGGGCAGUGUGUGUCCACCUGCGGGGAUGGCUUCUACCAAGAUCGCCACUCCUGUGCAGCCUGCCACGAGUCCUGUGCCGCCUGCUGGGGUCCCACGGAGAAACACUGCCUGGCCUGCAGGGACCCGCUCCACGUGCUGAGAGAGGGCGCCUGUGAGAGCAGCUGUGGCCCUGGGUUUUACAACAAGCAGGGCACCUGCAGUGCUUGUGACCAAUCCUGUGAAAGUUGUGGCCCCAAUAGUCCCAGAUGCCUUACCUGUGCUGAGAAGGCAGUGUUGCAUGAUGGCAAGUGCAUUUCUGAAUGCCCUGGUGGAUACUAUGCUGAUGCCACUGGCAGAUGCAAAGUCUGUCAUAACUCGUGUGCCAGCUGCUCGGGACCCAGGGCCUCUCACUGUACAGCCUGCGCCCACUCUCGGGCUCUGCGCCAAGGCCACUGUCUGCCCAACUGUGGAGAGGGCUUCUACCCCGACCGCGGGAUCUGCAAAGCCUGUCAUUCCUCUUGUCUGACUUGUGUGGGUCCAGAGCGCUCUCACUGUACCCAGUGCAAGAAGCCAGAGGAAGGACUGCAAGCCGAGCCGCUGUCUGGUGUGAACAUCAGCUCGGGCGAGUGUCUGUCUCACUGUAGAGCCCAGUUUUACUUGGAGAACACUGGGCUGUGUGAAGCUUGUCACCAAUCCUGUUUCGGGUGUGCAGGGCAGAGCCCGCACAACUGCACAGCCUGCUGGCCUUCCCAUGUGCUGAUGGAGGGGCAGUGCCUCUCCCAGUGCCCGGAUGGGUACUUUAACCAGGAAGGCAGCUGUACAGAAUGCCACCCCACCUGCAGGCAGUGCCAUGGCCCAUCCGAAUCUGACUGCAUUUCCUGUCACCCUCAUGUCACUAUUAAUGCUGGAAACUGCAGGACCAGCUGCAAGGAAGAGCAGUUCCUCAACCUCAUGGGGAACUGUGCUGACUGCCAUCCUCUGUGCCAGCAAUGUGCAGCUGAUCUCCACAACCCCGGGAGCAUCUGCCUGAGGUGCCAGAACACCCAGUUCCUGUUGCUGGGGGACCACUGUGUUCCCGACUGCCCUUCUGGAUAUUACGCGGAGGAAGGAGCUUGUAAAAAAUGUCACUCCUCCUGUAGAACCUGCCAGGGCAGAGGACCCUUCUCCUGCUCCUCAUGUGACACUGGCCACGUUCUGUCCCACCUUGGCACCUGCAGCACCACCUGCUUCCCAGGGCACUAUCUCGAUGACAGCCAUUCUUGUCAAUCAUGCAACCCGCACUGUGGAAGCUGUGAUUCACAGGCCAGCUGUACCUCCUGCCGAGAUCCAAACAAGGUCCUGCUCUUGGGGGAUUGUCAGAAUGAGAACUGUGCCCCACAGUACUAUCUUGACUUCUCCACCAAGACAUGCAAAGAGUGUGAUUGGAGUUGCAAUGCGUGCAGCGGGCCUCUGAGGACAGACUGCCUGCAGUGCAUGGAUGGCUACGUUCUCCAGGACAGCACCUGUGUGGAGCAGUGCGCACCAUCAUUCUACCGGGACUCGGGCCUCUGCAAGGGCUGUGACAGCCACUGUCUCCAGUGUCAAGGUCCCCAGGAGUGUACUCGCUGUGAGGAACCAUUUCUCCUCUUGGGAGCCCAGUGUGUCCAGGAAUGCGGGAAGGGAUACUUUGCAGAUCAUGCCAGUCGCAAAUGUGCAGCCUGCCCUCGGAGGUGCUUGCAGUGCAGCCACAGAAGCCGGUGUCACCGCUGUGACCAUGGGUUCUCUCUGAAAAGUGGCCUUUGCGUUUCCAACUGUGUUCCUGGCUUCUCUGCCCACUCAUCUAACGAAACAUGUGCUGGUAAAACACACACUCCUGGUCUUCAUGUGAAUGGUUCUCUCACCCUGGCCAUUGGUUUAAUGAAGCCACUGGAUUUUUCCCUCCUGAACGUCCAAGACCAGGAUGGCAGGGUCGAAGACCUCCUGUUCCAUGUUGUGAGCACGCCCACCAACGGGCAGCUAGCGCUCUCGAGGAAUGGGAAAGAGGUGCAACUCGACAAGGCUGGCCAUUUUAGCUGGAAGGAUGUGAAUGAGAAAAAAGUGCGCUUUGUGCACAGCAAAGAAAAGCCCAGGAAAGGUUACUUUUCCCUGAAAAUUAGUGACCAGCAGUUCUUCUCUGAGCCACAGCUGAUCAAUAUACAAGCAUUUUCAACACAGCCCCCCUAUGUACUGAGAAAUGAGGCUCUCCACAUUAGCAGAGGAGAGAGGGGAACCAUCACCACCCAGCUGCUUGACAUCCGAGAUGAUGACAAUCCACAGGAUGUGAUAGUUGAAGUGCUGGAUCCUCCACUUCAUGGCCAAUUGCUUCAAACACUUCAGUCCCCUGCAACCCCUGUCUAUCAGUUCCGGCUGGAUGAAGUCUCCAGGGGCCUUCUCUACUACGCUCACGAUGGUUUGGAUAGCACAUCUGAUGUUGCAGUCUUGCAAGCCAAUGAUGGAUACUCUUUCCAAAAUAUACUGUUCCACGUGAAGAUUGUGCCCAAGAAUGAAAAAGGUCUUCGGCUUGUGGCCAAUUCAAUGGUGUGGGUUCCGGAAGGGGGAAUGCUGCAGAUUACCAACAGGAUCUUACAGGCCGAAGCCCCAGGUGCCAGAGCCUCAGAAAUCAUCUACAAAAUUAUGCAGGACCACCCCCAAUUUGGUAACUGCUCUUUCCUUUGCCAUGAUGUCAUCACUGUGCUCAGUAGUCUUAGACUUGCUUUUGUUUCCAGUGCCACCGAUGCCCACACCCACCUGGAGAGCCGCAUGUUCAACAUCGCGAUCUUACCGCAGACGCCUGAAGCGCCUCAGCUCUCUCUGGGAGCGUCUCUCCAUAUGACUGCUCGGGAAGAUGACCUGACUGUGAUUCAGCCUCAUUCUCUCUCUUUUGUCAACUCUGAGAAGCCAAGUGGAAAGAUUAUAUACAAUGUCACGUUACCUCUGCAUCCAAGUCAAGGUAUCAUCGAACGUAGGGACCAGCCCCACUCUCCCAUCCGGUAUUUCACACAGGAAGAUAUUAACCAGGGCAAAAUCAUGUACCGCCCUCCCACGGCAGCCCCCCACCUCCAGGAAAUCAUGGCCUUCUCCUUCGCUGGUCUCCCAGAAUCGGUGAAAUUCCACUUCACAGUUUCGGAUGGAGAACACACGAGUCCGGAGAUGGCCCUCACCAUUCACUUACUUCACUCUGAUCGGCACCCCCCAGUGUUCCAGGUCACAGCUCCACUGCUCAAGGUCAGCCCAGGAGGCAGAACUUCCAUAGGGCUGCAGGUGGUAAUAAGAGACACUGAGACAGCGCCUGAAGAACUCCUCUUUGAGCUUCGGAAACCGCCCGAGCACGGCGUACUCCUUAAGGACACAGCUGAGUUCCCAGGCCCCAUGGCCCCAGGUGACACUUUCACAUAUGAGGAUAUUGAGAAAAAUGUGCUGCAGUAUCUCCACGACGGCUCCUCUGCACGGGAGGACAGCCUGGAGAUCUCGGUCACAGACGGCCUCUCGGCGAUGACCGUGGACGUGAGAGUGGAGGUGUCCCUGUCAGGGGCCCCAGCGCCUCAGCUGGCUGCCGGUGCCUCUCUGAGCAUGACUGUUGCUAGUGAAAGCACAGCUGUAAUCACUAGAUCUCACCUUGCUUACAUCGAUGAUUCUUCCCCCGACUCCGAGAUCUGGAUUCAAUUAAGUUCUCUGCCCAUGUAUGGGACUCUUUUAAGAACCUCAGGACUUGAAGUGGAAGAAAUCUCAGAGGUUGCCAAUUUCACGAUGGGAGAUAUCAACAACCAGAAAAUUAGGUACUCAGCCGUGUUUGAGACCGAGGGUCAGCUGGUUACGGAUAGCUUCCAUUUCUCUGUGUCUGAUAUGGACCACAACCGACUGGAAAAUCAGAUGUUUACCAUCAUGAUCACUCCUGUCAAGAAUCCACCUCCAGUCAUUGCCUUUGCUGACCUUAUCACGGUUGACGAGGGAGGGAGAACUCCACUCUCAUUUCACCAUUUCUUUGCUGCUGAAGAUCAGGACAACCUCCAGGGCGAUGCCGUCAUUCGACUAAGUGCUCUGCCCAAGUACGGCUGCAUUGAGAACACAGGAACAGGUGAUCGUUUUGGCCCUGGAACUACUAGUGACCCAGAGGCAUCCUUCCCAAUUCAAGAUAUUCUGGAAAACUACAUUUACUAUUUUCAGAGUGUUCAUGAAAGCAUUGAGCCCACUCAUGAUAUCUUUAGUUUUUAUGUAAGUAAUGGAAAUAGUCGUUCGGAAAUCCACAGCAUCAAUAUCACCAUCGAGAGGAAGAAUGAUGAGCCUCCCAGGAUGACUUUGCAGCCCCUGCGCGUGCAGCUGAGCUCGGGAGUGGUGAUAAGCAAUUUUUCUUUGAGCUUGCAAGACCUGGACACCCCAGAUAAUGAGCUGAUUUUUGUAUUGACAAAAAAGCCUGACCACGGUCACCUACGCCAGAGGCAGACUGCUUCUGAGCUUCUGGAGAAUGGGAAGAUUUUAGACCAAGGCUCCUCCUUCACUUACCAGGACAUCCUGGGCGGGCUGGUGGGGUACACGCCUGGUGGGCCCGGUGUGGAGGUGGAUGAGUUCUGGUUCUCUCUCUCUGAUGGACUCCACAUGGACACAGGGAGGAUGGAGAUAUACAUUGAGCUGCCUACGGGUGAUGCCCCCCACAUGGCUGUUAACCGAGGCCUACAGCUCUCAGCAGGGUCUGCAGCACGCAUCACAGAACAGCACUUGAAAGUGACAGACACGGACUCAGAUGAAAGUCAGGUGAUGUUCAUUAUGAAGGAAGAUCCUGGUGCUGGGCGCCUGCAGACAGUGAAGCACGGCAACCUGGAGCAAAUCUCCGUCAAAGGCCCCAUCCGGAGUUUCACGCAGGCUGACAUCAGCCAAGGCCAAGUAGAAUACAGUCACAGAAAAGGAGAAUCUGGUGGGAACUUUGACUUUAAGUUUGAUGUGGUUGAUGGAGAAGGCAACAAAUUGAUCAGCCAGUCAUUUUCCAUCAUUGUUUUGGAAGACAAAUCCCCACCGGUCAUCACCACCAAUAAAGGAAUGGUCUUAGAUGAAAACUCAGUGAAGAAAAUCACCACCCUGCAGCUCUCUGCCACGAAAAUCACCACCCUGCAGCUCUCUGCCACUGACCAGGAGAGCGAGCCAGCAGCACUAACCUACAGAAUCACCAGACAGCCCCAGCUGGGCCACCUGGAGCAUGCAGGGUCACCAGGUAUCCUGAUCACUUCUUUUACUCAGGCUGACCUGGCUUCACGAAACGUUCAGUAUGUCCACUCCAGUGAGUCCGAGAGCCAUUCAGAUGCCUUCAGCUUCACGCUCUCGGAUGGAGUCCAUGAGGUGACCCAGACGUUCCACAUCACCAUUCGCCCUGUGGAUGACUCGCUGCCCAUUGUACAGAAUAUGGGGAUGCGGGUGCAGGAGGGCGUGAGGAAGACAAUCACGGAAUUUGAGCUCAAGGCCGUGGAUGCAGAUACAGAGGCUGAGUCUGUCACGUUCACCAUUGUGCAGCCCCCACGUCAUGGCAGCAUCGAGCGAACCACCAAUGGGCAGCAUUUCCAGUUCAUCUCCACCUUCACCAUGGAGGACGUCUACCAGAACCGAGUCAGCUACAGCCACGAUGGCAGCAACUCCCUCAAAGACUGGUUCACCUUCACUGUUGCUGAUGGGACGAACCCCUUCUUUAUUAUUGAGGAAGGAGGGAAAGAGAUUAUCACAGCAGCGCCUCAGCAGUUCCGAGUAGACAUCCUCCCAGUGGAUGACAGCACUCCGAGAAUUGUCACAAACCUGGGGCUCCAGUGGCUGGAGCGUGUGGAUGGCAAGGCAACCAACUUGAUCACCAAGAAAGAACUGCUGACCCUGGACCCGGACACGGAAGACCUGCAACUUGUCUAUGAGAUCGCUACGGGCCCCAGGCAUGGCCACGUGGAGAACAAGCUGCAGCCUGGCCGAGCUGCUGUGACCUUCACCCAGGAGGAUGUGAACUUGGGGUUGAUUCGUUACAUAUUGCAUGAGGAGAAGAUCCAUGAGAUGAUGGAUAGUUUUCAGUUUCUGGUGAAAGACAGUAAACCCAACGUGGUCAGAGACAAUGUCUUCCACAUCCAGUGGUCCCUCAUCAGCUUUACACAUACUAGCUACAAUGUCAGUGAGAAGGCGGGGUCUGUCAGCGUCACAGUGCAGAGGACUGGGAACCUGAACCAAUACGCCAUAGUCCUGUGUCACACGGAACAAGGCACCGCCAGCUCCAGCUCCAGGGUCAGCUCCCAGCCUGGGCAGCAGGACUACGUGGAGUAUGCUGGCCAGGUGCAGUUUGAUGAGCGAGAGGACACCAAAUCCUGCACCAUUGUCAUCAACGAUGAUGACGUGUUUGAGAAGGUGGAGAGUUUCACCGUGGAGCUCAGCAUGCCAGCAUACGCCCUACUAGGGGAGUUCACCCAGGCGAAGGUCAUUAUCAAUGACACUGAGGACGAACCCACAUUAGAGUUUGAUAAGAAGACCUACCGGGUCAACGAGAGCGCUGGUUUUCUGUUUGCACCUAUUGAAAGAAAAGGGGAUGCAAGCAGCAUUGUGUCUGUGAUUUGCUACACCAUCCCUAACUCAGCUAUGGGAAGUAGCCUCUACGCUCUAGAAUCGGGCUCUGAUUUUAAAUCUAGAGGGAGGUCUGCUGACAGUCGUGUGAUAUUCGGGCCUGGUGUCACCAUGUCCACCUGUGACGUCAUGCUCAUUGAUGACAGCGAAUAUGAAGAGGAAGAAGUGUUUGAGAUUGCCCUGGCAGGUGCUUCUGACAAUGCCCGCAUCGGAAGGGUGUCAUCGGCCAAGGUGCUCAUCAGUGGUCCCAAUGAUGCCUCCACUGUGUCCCUGGGCAACACGGCUUUCACUGUCAGUGAGGAUGCAGGAGCAGUGAAGAUCCCAGUUAUCCGCCAUGGGACUGACCUUUCGACCUUUACAUCUGUCUGGUGUGCUACGCGUCCCUCAGACCCAGCUUCUGCCACUCCAGGAGUUGACUAUGUUCCCAGCUCUAGGAAGGUGGAAUUCGGACCAGGUGUCACUGAGCAGUAUUGCACCUUGACGAUCUUAGAUGACACUCAGUAUCCAGCAAUUGAAGGGCUGGAGACAUUUGUGGUUUUCCUCAGCUCAGCACAAGGGGCCGAACUGACUAAACCUUUCCAAGCUGUCAUUGCCAUUAAUGACACAUUCCAGGAUGUGCCCAGCAUGCAGUUUGCCAGGGACUUGCUCCUAGUGAAGGAGAAGGAGGGUGUUCUGCACGUGCCUAUCAUUCGGAGUGGAGACCUGAGCUAUGAGUCGUCGGUGAGGUGCUAUACUCAGAGCCAUUCAGCUCAGGUCACAGAGGACUUUGAGGAGAGAAGAAAUACAGACUCUUCAAGGAUUACGUUUCUGAAAGGGGAGAAAAUGAAGAACUGCACUGUCUCCAUCCAUGAUGACUCGAUGUUUGAGCCUGAGGAACAGUUCAGGGUCUUCCUCGGCAUCCCCUUGGGGAAUCACUGGAGUGGAGCCAGAGUUGGAAAGAAUAGCAUGGCCACCAUCACCAUAUCCAAUGAUGAAGAUGCCCCCACCAUUGAGUUUGAAGAAGCUGCGUACCAAGUCCGGGAACCCCCGGGGCCCGAUGCCACGGCCAUUCUGAACAUCAAGGUGAUCCGCAGAGGGGAUCAGAACAGGACGUCCAAGAUCCGCUGCAGCACGCGGGACGGGUCUGCCCAGUCCGGUGUGGAUUACUACCCGAAGAGCCGAGUCUUGAAGUUCAGUCCCGGUGUGGAUCAUAUAUUUUUUAAAGUCGAGAUCCUGUCCAACGAAGACCGGGAAUGGCAUGAAUCAUUCUCCCUAGUCCUUGGCCCAGAUGAGCCGGUGGAAGCAGUUCUUGGUGAAGUGACCACUGCCACAGUGACGAUCCUAGACCAGGAGGCAGCAGGGAGUCUCAUACUGCCAGCACCACCCAUUGUUGUCACACUUGCGGACUAUGACCACGUGGAAGAGGUUACCAAGGAAGGAGUCAAGAAAUCUCCCUCCCCAGGUUACCCGCUGGUCUGUGUCACCCCCUGCGACCCUCAUUUCCCCAAGUAUGCCAUCACGAGGGAGCGCUGCAGCGAGGCUGGCAUCAACCAGACGUCCGUGCAGUUCAGCUGGGAAGUGGCCGCCCCCACUGAUGGCAACGGGGCCCGGUCUCCCUUUGAGACCAUCACCGACAACACACCGUUCACCAGCGUCAACCACAUGGUCCUGGAUAGCAUUUACUUCAGCCGGAGGUUCCAUGUGCGUUGUGUGGCAAAGGCUGUAGACAAAGUGGGUCAUGUGGGGACCCCCUUAAGGAGCAACAUUGUUACCAUCGGGACAGACAGCGCUAUCUGCCACACCCCCGUCGUGGCGGGGACAGCCAGAGGCUUCCAGGCUCAGUCCUUCAUCGCGACCUUGAAAUACCUGGAUGUCAAACACAAGGAGCAUCCGAACAGAAUCCACAUUUCGGUGCAGAUCCCACACCAGGAUGGAAUGCUGCCCCUCAUCUCCACCAUGCCCUUGCACAACCUGCAUUUCCUGUUAUCCGAGUCCAUCUACAGACACCAGCACAUCUGCUCCAAUCUCGUCACCACCCGCGAUCUGAGAGGCAUCUCAGAGGCAGGGUUCCUAGACGACAAGGUCUAUGACAGCACGGCCAUGGGGCCUGGCUAUGACCGCCCCUUCCAGUUUGACCCCAGUGUCCGGGAGCACAAGACCAUCCAGCUCUACAAACACCUCAACCUGAAGAGCUGUGUCUGGACCUUUGAUGCCUAUUACGACAUGACCGAGUUAAUUGACGUCUGUGGGGGGUCCGUAACUGCUGACUUCCAGGUGAGAGACUCUGCCCAGUCGUUCCUGACCGUGCACGUGCCUCUCUAUGUGUCCUACAUCUACGUGACGGCCCCCCGGGGCUGGGCCUCCUUGGAGCACCACACCGAGAUGGAGUUUUCCUUCUUCUAUGACACUGUUCUCUGGAGAACAGGAAUCCAGACAGACAGCGUGCUCUCUGCAAGGCUUCAGAUAUUAAGAAUCUAUAUUCGAGAGGAUGGCCGACUCGUCAUUGAAUUCAAGACCCAUGCCAAAUUCAGAGGACAGUUUGUGAUGGAGCACCACACCCUGCCAGAUGUGAAGUCUUUCAUAAUGACUCCAGACCACCUGGGAGGAAUGGAAUUUGGCCUGCAGCUACUGUGGAGUGCUCAGACCUUUGACUCUCCUUAUCAACUCUGGAGAGCCACAAGCUCUUACAACAGGAAGGACUACUCAGGGGAGUACACCAUCUUCCUGAUCCCUUGCACCGUGCAGCCCACACAGCCGUGGGUUGACCCAGGAGAGAAGCCUUUGGCCUGCACUGCACAUGCCCCAGAAAGAUUCCUGAUACCCAUCGCGUUCCAGCAGACCAACCGCCCUGUGCCAGUUGUGUAUUCUCUCAAUACUGAAUUUCAGCUCUGCAAUAAUGAGAAGGUGUUUCUGAUGGAUCCCAACACAUCUGAUAUGUCACUGGCAGAAAUGGAUUACAAAGGAGCCUUCUCAAAAGGUCAAAUCCUUUAUGGCCGAGUACUUUGGAAUCCAGAACAAAACCUUAAUUCUGCUUACAAACUCCAGCUGGAGAAAGUCUAUCUUUGUACUGGCAAGGAUGGCUAUGUGCCUUUCUUUGAUCCCACGGGGACCAUCUACAAUGAAGGGCCACAGUAUGGGUGCAUUCAGCCAAACAAACACCUAAAACACAGAUUCUUGCUGCUGGACCGCAGCCAGCCAGAGGUAACCGAUAAGUACUUCCAUGACGUGCCCUUUGAGGCCCACUUUGCUUCCGAAUUGCCUGAUUUCCACGUGGUCAGUAGCAUGCCGGGUGUGGAUGGGUUUACUCUGAAAGUAGAUGCGCUCUAUAAGGUGGAAGCAGGACACCAGUGGUACCUCCAGGUCAUCUACAUCAUUGGCCCUGACACCCUCUCAGGGCCCCGGGUCCAGCGCUCUCUCACAGCCCCUCUGAGGCGCCACCGAAGGGACCUGGUGGACCCCAGUGGCCGGCUGGCCCUUGCCGAUUCCCUCAUCUAUGACAAUGAAGGGGACCAAGUCAAGAAUGGCACCAAUAUGAAGUCCCUCAAUCUGGACAUGCAAGAGCCCGUUGUAGCUGCCUCUCUGUCCCAAACGGGGGCGUCUAUUGGCAGUGCGCUCGCUGCUAUCAUGCUUCUGCUUCUGGUGUUCUUGGUGGCUUGUUUCAUCACCAGGAAGUGCCAGAAACAGAGGAAGAAACCGCCCACAGAGGACAUUUUGGAGGAAUACCCUCUGAAUACCAAGGUGGAGGUGCCCAAGCGGAGCCCCGACAGGGUGGAGAAGAACGUGAGCAGACAGUACUGCACCGUGCGGAACGUCAACAUACUGAGCGACGCCGAGGGGGCGUACGUGUUCAAAGGUGCUAAAGUGAAAAAAUUGAAUCUGGAAGUCAGAGUUCACAACAAUUUACAAGAUGGAACAGAAGUUUAA